AUGGACAAGCUCUCCUCCCUCACCAGGUUCAAGGCUGCCUGCCCGUACCUCCACAGGACAAAGUCCUCGACUCUCCGCACCUUAUGCACUUCAGCUUCCCCGCGAUUCCCCUCGCUCUCGGUCCUCACCGAGAAGGCUACAAACUGCCCCGUUAUGGGUCCAGCCUUGACCACGCGCUCGAAGCAGAUUGUUGCGGGGUAUGCUAGCGUCGCAGGCAACGCCGACGUCGAACAAAUCCACAAGCAAAAGGGUGUAUUCCCUCCCCCCGGCGCGACAGUCGAAAUGUGCCCGCACGCAUCAGCUGCCCGGGCUGCAGCGCGCACGGCCGAAGAAUUGGCUGCUGCCGCCGCUAAGAAGAAGGCCGCUCAACACGCAGGCCGUGCUACUUCUUCCAAAGAAGCUGCCGCUGCAGGUUGCCCGUUCCAUAAGGCCGCCGCUUCGACCGCCAGCACCUCGGCCCAGACCAUGCCGGACCACACCGGGUUCAACUAUGAGCAGUUCUUUGUUACCGAGCUCGACAAGAAGCACAAGGACAAGUCCUACCGCUACUUCAACAAUAUCAACAGACUUGCCGAGAAGUUCCCCGUCGCUCAUACUCACAGCGUCAAGGAAGAGGUCGAAGUUUGGUGCGCCAAUGACUACUUGGGGAUGGGGAACAACCCCGUUGUGUUAGAGACGAUGCAUCGCACUUUAGACAAAUACGGCCAUGGCGCGGGCGGUACCCGUAAUAUCGCUGGAAACGGUGCUAUGCAUCUAGGACUUGAGCGCGAAUUAGCAGCGCUCCAUCGCAAGCCUGCUGCCCUAGUGUUCUCAUCCUGCUACGUCGCAAAUGAUGCAACGCUCUCCACCCUCGGCACAAAAUUACCAGGGUGUGUCAUCUUUUCGGACAGGAUGAACCAUGCAUCCAUGAUCCAAGGCAUGCGGCACUCGACCGCCAAACGUGUCAUAUUCGAACACAAUGACCUUGUGGACCUCGAGAACAAGCUCAAGCAGUAUCCAAAAGAAACCCCAAAGAUCAUCGCUUUCGAGAGUGUCUAUUCUAUGUGUGGCAGUAUUGGCCCCAUUAAGGAGAUCUGCGAUCUUGCCGAGCAGUACGGCGCUUUGACCUUCCUCGACGAAGUCCACGCCGUUGGUUUAUACGGACCCCGAGGUGCUGGUGUCGCAGAGCACCUAGAUUAUGAGGCCCACAGAGCCGCAGGCCGUAGCGUCGAACCCAUUAAGGGAUCUGUUAUGGAUCGUGUGGACAUUAUCACUGGUACCCUUGGCAAGGCUUACGGCGCUGUUGGUGGUUACAUUGCUGGUUCAGACGAUUUCGUCGACAUGAUUCGGUCUUACGCACCCGGUUUUAUCUUCACUACUUCCCUACCUCCGGUCGUCGUCGCUGGCGCAAGUGCGAGUGUUGCGUACCAAACUGAAUAUGUGGGAGAUCGCCAACUCAAACAGGUCAACGUGAGAGAGGUCAAGCGUCGCUUCGCGGAGAUCGAUAUCCCAGUCGUACCCGGCCCAUCGCACAUCGUACCAGUUCUUGUUGGUGAUGCCGCACUGGCAAAAGCUGCGUCUGACAAACUUCUCUCGGAACACAACAUCUACGUACAAUCCAUCAACUACCCAACGGUCGCCGUCGGCGAAGAACGCCUUCGUAUCACCGUCACCCCUCGUCACACUCUCGAGCAAAUGGACAAACUCAUUCGCGCUGUUGAUCAGACGUUCACAGAGCUUGGCAUUAACCGGUUGGAGGAUUGGAAGGCGGUUGGUGGACGUGCUAGUGUCGGCUUGCCCGGCCAAGUACCUGUCGAACCGAUCUGGACAGACGAGCAGCUUGGCUUCGCCGAUGGCACUACUCCCAAGACGCUGAGAAAUGGUGCUCGCCCCGUUGUGGACAUGCAGGCUGUCGAGGUCUCGAGGUCGCGCUUCAACCACCUACUUGGCCCGAAGACUGGUCCCAUCAGCAGCAAGAGGGAACAGAACGAGACCGAGAAGUUGCUCGAGGCUACCCGUAUUCUCGAAGCUGCAUUGGUCAACGGCGGGCUCAACCUCAAGACCGGGGCUGCACACUACAAUGCAAUCGAUAGUGUACCAAUCCCUACGCCCGUUACUGUCGCGGCCGCAGCCUAG